AGUGUUGCGGUGAGCGCCGGACCGCCAGCACGCGUCCCGCAGCGCCCGCCGGCCGCCGCCGCCCGGGAUGCACCUGACGGCUGAGAGGACCACGCGGGUCGGCAUGCAGCCGGAACGACUCGAGAAGAUGAGCGACUUCCUGUUGGAGCGCAGCCUCAGCGAGGUGGUGGCCGAGCACCCUGGCGAGCUGGUGCGCACCGGGGCGCCGGACCUGCUCUGCACCGCGCUGCCGCCGCACUGGCGCUCCAACAAGACGCUGCCGGUGGCGUUCAAGGUGGUGGCGCUGGGCCACGUCGAGGACGGCACCGUCGUCACCGUCACGGCCGGCAACGACGACAACUGCUGCGCCGAGCUGCGCAACAACGCCUCCAUCAUGAAGAACCGCGUGGCUAAGUUCAACGAUCUGCGCUUCGUCGGCAGGAGUGGCAGAGGGAAGAGUUUGUCGGUGACAAUCAUCGUGUCAUCACGGCCGUGUCAGAUCACCACCUACAACAAGGCCAUCAAAGUUACCGUCGACGGACCGCGGGAGCCACGCAGUAAGACAAGGCAGUUUCCGUUUCCGUUUCCGUUCGGACACCGUCCGUUCUUCGCCCCGCACCUGGCGGGACUGGAACAACUACGGAGAGAACAGAUAGCUGCCGGUCUUCUGAAGCUGCCACAGCCCCACUGCCAAAACCUGGGAGCCGGGUUCCCGUUUGGCGGCGGCGUACCGGAGGGCUGGCCCUACGCGCCCGGCGCCUACCCCUGCCUGCCAGGCUUCGGCCACCCGGCAGCCGCCGCGGCUCUGGGCUUCUCACCCAACGAGCUGAACUCACAAAUCACGACCAGCUCAGCCAGCGAGCCUCCCACCGCUCACUCAAACUCAGUGAUGACCAGCGACUCUUCUCCUCGGGCCGCCGACACCACUGAGCUGAAGCCGGAGUUCGACAUCCGGCGCAACUCGCUGCUGCCGCGGGCGCCUGCCCCUCCCCCAGCGGCGCCCCCUCAGCGACCGCUGCUGCUGGGAGAGCCGGCGGUCAGCGCGGCCGUCGGCCUGUACCCGCCGGUACUGCAGCUGUACCAGCAGCUGUACCGGCCCGCCGUGCCGCCCGCCGUGCGCCACAAGGCGGCCGAACUGGCCCUGGAGGCCGCCGGCCGGCCGCUGCCGCCGCCGCCGCCCAGAGCCUCAGCCAGCCUGGCGGCGGCGGAGGAGCGGACAGCGCCCGAGUCGCCGGGCAGGGUGCCGCCGGCGCACCACGCCGCCCCCGCCCCCGCCCCCGCCCCAGCUGCACACACCUCCCCAGCGGGCGGCUCUACAUCGUCCCAGUCAGCGUCUCCCGCCCCCGCCCCCGCCCCCGCCUCCGCUACCUCCUCAGCGGCGACCUCCAAAGCGUCCAGCCGCGCCGCAGUGUGGCGACCUUAUUAAUCGAGCCGUCCGAAAUCUCGCGUCUCACUGUUCCGCCCUGCGCCGCUUCCGAGUGUAGUUCCUACCUUCGACCCCGCUCCUACCCUCCUGUUGUUCCGACAUGUGGAUAAUGCUGGGUUCACAGCACCAAGCCAGAUUCCUAUCAGCUGUUCGUACCCCUCAUGUGAUGCACGGUAUUUGAAAGGUUCGCGGAGCAUCGCUUUUCUGCGGUGGUGAUGCGAUUUAACCUAAGCCGGCACUUUUUACAACUCUGGUACUCCACGUUUGAAGAUGUUUGUUAGAUAUAGAGCGCAAAGUUUUGCUUUUUCCUUGUCACCAUGCCACCUCCUCAGCAGUCCUGAGUCAACUCAUGUUCCUACCAGCAUGAAAGCCAUUAUUUUCACUACCUGCCGAAGGCUAUUGAUGUGGCGAACCAAGCGACUACUUGGACUAAACCUCGCAGGUUCCAGUGAAGUAGGAGAGAGAUUGCCUGUGCACCCACAGUCAACAUUAUCCUCUGCUAUUGUGAGCGAAUGGCAGCUUCGAUAUAACCGGUAUUGUUUCAACCUGACUAUCCUUUCGAGGAACAGUUUCAAUUUUUAAUCGCUGCGGAUGUGUUACCUCCAAAUCGCUGUUGUGACCGCUGAAAGGUGAAAAAUCGAGCUUACGAAGGCGAUUCAAAGUGCAUGACGGUAGGAUUGAUUUGCUGUAUGAAGUUAUAUCCGCUCUCAAGCUAGGCUCUGACGUCAUUGUAACGUCAUGUCGACGACAAUGUGCGGUGAUGAUGGCUGAGCCUGCGGCGUGAAUGCCGCAGCUGCGCCACAUAUUGUCGCGGCGCUCCAGCAUCCGAUUGCCGCUGCGCCGCGCCCCAUACCGGACGGCUAUGAUAGCACGGUCUCAGGAAACUAAGCUAAUCAGCGAGCUCGUCAUUAUCGACAGAACGCGGGCAGACCCGUCUGGCUGCACUGAAAUGCCAGGCCGCCAGAUACCCUCAUACUGGGGCUUGAUACCCAACUAGCUGAAGAGGAAUCUAUUAUUACUAUUUAAUUUCUUUUGAGAGUGAUAUGCCAGGGACAAUUUCGUUGAUAUGUUGGGGUGACUGUUCACUCUUCUUUUAGGGAAGGGGUCAGGUUCUUAUGCGAAAUACUCACUGUAUUGUGUGUGGUUCCGCAAACCAGUCAUAUUUACGGCAUGUUUUUGGUGCUGACAGUCAGAUGAAGACACUAUUGUUACGUGGGAGCUGUGUGCGUGUCUGGAAUAGGCGACACUGUAAGACGUUUGUAUAGGUGUGUAUGUGUGUCGGUGUGUGUGUGUGCGGGCUCCAGCAGGUGUGAACUCGGCACCGGCGGACACAUGUUGUAUUGAUUGUUUGAAUGGGAAUAUUUUACUGUCGUCGCCACCCCUCGCUGGAUUUAUCACGGUCAGUGCGCGCGGCCUGCUUUGUCCUCGGCUGGCCCGCGGCACGAUGGCCGCAGCGCUACAAAUGUGGCGCACGGCGGCCUGACUCGGCGCUGGCCACCAGUCGAACCCGUAUUGAGUGUACAAAUAUACAUCGCGUUCGAA